UUCCGGGUGUGACCCCUGCCGCUGUAGUGUUAAAUGGGACGGAAACCCCGUGGCUGAGCCUGAGAUCUCCGCAGCUGUGUGACGGGCAGCCAGGCAAAAAGAAGGAAAUACCAGACUCUCUAGAAGGGACAUUGUCUUACAGAAGCCAUGGUAGACAAGGAAAUGCAGGUGAGGAGGGCCAAAAUAGCCGAGCAGGCUGAGCGGUACGAUGACAUGGCUGCGGCGAUGAAGCUAGUGGCUCAGAGUGGUGGGGCACUCGAGAGUGAGGAGCGCAAUCUUCUCUCAGUAGCCUACAAGAAUGUGGUGGGUGCAAGAAGGUCAUCCUGGAGGGUAAUCUCCAGCAUUGAGCAUAAAACUGAAGUUGAAGAUAAGAAGAAACAGGCUGGAGAAUACAGGCAGAAGAUUGAAAAUGAGCUCAAAGACAUCUGCAAGGAGGUCUUGGAGCUGCUUGAUGAGUACCUAAUUAAGUCUGCUGAAGGAGAUGUUGAAAGUAAAGUAUUCUACCAGAAGAUGAAAGGAGACUACUAUCGCUACCUGGCUGAGGUGGCCAACGGCGACAACAGUGAAAACAUCAAGAUGUCUGAGGAGGCCUACAACGAAGCCUGGGAACAGAGCAAAAAAGAAAUGGAAUCGACAAAUCCCAUUCGCCUGGGGCUGGCCCUUAACUUCUCUGUUUUCUACUAUGAGAUUGCAAAAUCACCUAAAAAGGCCUGCGAACUGGCCAAAGCUGCCUUCGAAGAGGCCAUUGUUGGUUUGGGAGAUAAUCAAAGUGACACCUACAAAGACAGCACCCUAAUCAUGCAGCUUCUCCGAGACAAUCUGACGCUGUGGACAUCUGAGGCAGCAGAACUAGGAGAAGAGGAAGCUAAUUAAAAAUAUCUUUUCCUUUUUUUUUUCCUCUCACCAGCGUUUGUUUUUGUGUGUGUGUGUGUGUGUGUGUGUCUAUAUACGUAUGGUGUGUGCGUGCACACAGAUAUGCAUGUUUACACUCCACUCACGCGGUGUCUAGUACACUGUCCGUUUGGUAUGAAUGCUCCUGAGAUGUGUAUAGAAUACAUCUGUUUUCACCUUUUGGAUGGGGGGCAUAAUUACAUGUUUGUGUUGAACUGUUACAUUAGCUUGAAAAACCUCCAUAUAAGCUUUUGUCCAUACCCACCAAUAAUUGAUUUCUGCAGUGACCAUUCUUGAUGGCAGGAUUUGUUUCAGUAAAAACGAUCAACAACCGUAUGACUUUGUCGCCCUUUUGUUUUCCAGUGUAGCCGCUAUUGAUUUGCAUUGUCUUUGCAGAUGCUGCAUGUAAUCGCACAGUGGGUUCUAUGUCUGUGCAGACACUGAACACUUCAAUCUGUAUCGACAUCUUUGUUUAACAUUCCAUUUUCCUAAAAUCCGCAGUCAUGAAAAUCUAUUACUGUAAUUUCCUUCAGCAUUCCAUUCUACACCACUGUUGCACAAUUCUGUCACCUUUUGUAUUUUACCAUGUCAAAUGUGCGUACAAAUCUUCUACCAUGUGCUUGUGUGUUGGGUUUUCUACACUUCCCUUAAGUCUUGGCAUUUUCUUCUCCCUACUGUAGUGUGAUGUAGAGAUGUUCUCCGAAGAAGUUGUUUCUUUUCGCCUGGGAUUAUUUAAAUCAGGUGUUCGUUAGCAACUUUUUCCUUGCUAAAACUGAAUUAAUCUUCAAUAUGAAUUGACCAAAUAUAACUUGGUCAAAAGCUGCCCUACGGCUGUUAAGUAGUCACAAAGUAGUGUCCGUUUCUCCUGACCAUAUAUAUAUAUAUAUUUCCUUUUUAUAAUGGGAUGCAGGAUUCAGAGUUUGCAGUAAACACUCCGUUGGGUGCUGUCUGGCUUUUGUGUCAAUGGAAUUUAAACAUUAAAAUCAAGUGUGUUGCACAA